CUGGUCGGCCCGGCCAGCACGGCGCCGUGGUCAGCAGUGCCGGGCGAGGUGCGGUGAGAUGUGGAGGGCACGGUCGCCCGCGAGGUGGAGGCGACGGUGACGGAAGUGGUGCUCGAGAGGCAGUGCGGAGAAUCGGCCUCCGAUAGGUCGGCUUCAAGGAAUUGGAGAGAGAGGCGUGAAGCGACCCAGGACGAAUUUCGGCGGCCUCGGGCCGGCCAAACCCGGCAGCCAUGGCGGCGAAACCGUCCGGAAAGGACGGACACCGCCUUAUGUGCCGGCAGUGGUGGAAAGUGUGCUUUGUGUACGGCGACCAGUACAAAUACUACAAACAGCUGUACGGCAAGCGCACCAAGAUACAGACGCUCAGGGGCCUUGACCCGCGCGGCGAGGCUGCGAUGACAGUACAAGAGAAAGUGUGCCGCAACUGCAAGUGUCCGCGGGAGGACCACUCGCAGUGCAGCCCGGCGGCGGCGGGCGAGCUGCCGCCGGUGCCGGCGGCGCCCAGUCCGCUGGCCAAGAUCCUACCGGGCCGCAGCAGCGACCCCCAGCGCCACAGCCAGAGCGACGACGACUCCGGCUGCGCGCUGGAGGAGUACACCUGGGUACCACCCGGACUCAAGCCUGAGCAG